GCCUGUAACGCCACGACGGCGACGAGAGGGAAGGAUAACGUCAUUCACGCCACACCCUAACCCCACCGCUUUCAUCCUCAUCAACCAUGCCUACGGGGCCACCCGAAGCCAACGUGGUCGAAUGUGACGGUGCCGGAAGCGACGAUGCGGCGUUCGCCAAGAGAGGCUGCUGUUUCAGGAUGCCGUGCUUGGGAUACAAUUCGUCUCUGUCUUCGUCCGCACAUGGAUCCAUGUGGUGGGAGAGGAUGCGGAGCCCCGAGAGCAAGGAUCACUGGUGGAGUCGUGGGUGGAAGAAAUUGCGAGAAUGGUCCGAGAUCGUCGCUGGACCUAAAUGGAAGACCUUCAUCCGCCGCUUCAAUAAAGGGAAGUCUGGUGGAUAUACAAAGCAAGGCUCGUUCCGGUACGAUGCAUCUAGUUACGCCCUUAACUUUGACGAAGGCCAGGACGGUGAAGAAGAUUACUACGUCAACAAUUUCUCGACCAGGUAUGCGUCGAUCCCAGCGUCGGCGAAGUCGUCGAUGGACCUCGGCAAGGACGGGCCCGCAUUCGCGUGAGGAGGGUUUUGGAUUUUGGGAGAUUGAGUUCUUGCGUGAAGGGUCCGAGGUUGGAGCUUUUUUCGGACCGGAGCCAAUGGAGGUGGAUCCAGGGUGUUUACGUUCCUUCAGGCUCCUGUGGUCUCUUCUAUUUUCACAAGGUUUUUUUUUCCCCCCCUUCCCAAUU